AUAAAGUUUCCUAGUGACCGAGUUAUUUACUGUCAGUGUCAUUAAGCCAAAAUUUUCGUCAGGAUGGGUUGGCCGAAAGAAGCCUCAAAUAACGGGGAAAAUAGCGCAGAAUCGGCGAGAAAAAGUCGCGCGAGAAGUAUACCCAAAGCGCUAAUCGCCGAUUUGAAGGACAACAAAGUGGUUACAUGCAAGAACCCCUUCUUGAAUUUUUUGAUGGAGUUCAAGAAGAUUACCCCCUCGAUCAAGAUGAGUGGAGCCCAGUUGGCCAAAAUCGGGGGGCAGAUUUGGAGAGACAUGUCUGAGAAACAGAAGAGCCAAUUUCAAAUUGUGGAGGCAAGGAGACGGCGCAAAGGGAGAAAGAGGAGACGCAGAGGAAGGAAACGUAGUGUAUCCCCGAGGAGAUGAAGGGAAUCGUCUCAAAAAUGUGUCUUUUGUAUUUUUUGGGUAAAUAAAUACGAUUUUGGGUAUUGCAA